GUCAAGUUUCGCAUUUAACAAUUCAAUCGUUAUUUUUACAGUAAAGAAAGUUUCAAUCAUUAUGAGCAACAAAAAAGAAGGUGACAAUGUCUCAUUUUGGCUCCCGAUGGCUCAAUCGAACACCAGAGGUGAUACAUUGACUCCCCACAAAAUAUCAACUAUUUUUCUCAUACAAGAAUUUCUGGAGAUGAAGCGGGAAGCAGCAGAAAAGAAAGAGGAGUUUCCAGCAACUUACCGAAAGAAAUUUCAUUUGCUGCUUCUAAAGUUGAUCCAGCAUCCAGAUUUACCUUAUCGAGAUUUUCAUUGUUUGCUAACCAGCGAGCAAUACGGUAUCCACAAAGCUCACUUAGAGCGGUUUGAGCUGAUUAUGCAGGACAUCAGUACCAGUGAAAACGGAAUGGAGGCUUUAUUCGAUCUGCAAACCAUGAUUGACAAACUAAUGUCUGAGCCGCCAAGUAAAAAUGGCGGUGUAAGUCAAAGUGGAAUUGUUGGGCUUUAUUUGCGAAGAGUUCAUGUCACCUUGGAUAAAAUGUCGUUUUCUGAAGUCUUAACGUUGUACAAAAACAUCAAAAAAUACUAUGAACGCGAUAUUCGCACACUGGCGAUCGGUCCCUCAAUCAAACUAGACGACGAUGAGAUUGGAUUGGUGAAGAACAACAACGUGGAUCGCGUAAAUCAAUGUAAAUGGAGUCUGAAGCAAGCAGAGUUAUUUGUUUCGCAACAAAGUGAACUGCUGCUGUGUGAUGAAACAAGAGCAUUACCACCGAAGGAACUGCAGAACAAAUUGUGCGAAAUAAUGCAAGAUAAUCCGUUGUAUUCGCAGGCAUAUUUUUUAUGUUACUUGAACAGUGUUCGAUUACGCGACUAUUUCAAUGCAUUGGAUGCCCUCAAACGUGCCUUCGAUCGAAAUACUCUAAAGGGUGGGUCGGUAGCAGAUCACAAAGGUUAUCAGUAUUCCAGUUUAAAUUUGGCAAUUUUGCAUACACAAUUUGGGCAUGCAAGUGAGGCUAUCCAAAGUCUAAAGGAGUGCAUCAUGUUAGCGCAAGAAAAUGGAGAUCGUGUUUGUCUGGAUUUGGCACAAUCAUGGCUUUCCUAUUUUCAAGAAGGUAAAAUUCAACUGCCUGGAAAUAAUGUGACGAGCACUGAUGCGGACAAAACAUCGGCCAUUAAUACAUCUGUAGCUUAUCAAGCUCUUGUAAAAAAAUCUGCACUAUCAGGAGUUUUACCAGCCAAAUUAUUCGAAGUUUUAAUGCGCAGUGAUUCCCUUAUCUGUCAACAUUCACAUAUGAAUCUGAUGGCUAUCAGUAGAAUCGAACGCGCCGCUUUGUGGAAUUUGUACGGAAAAAAUGAACUUGCAGCAUGUUGUAAUCAAGUUAUGCUCCACACAAGUUUAAAACGUUUGGGAAAAACAUAUAACAGCGAUGGCAUUUGCGAAGCCAUCUGUUCAAACGCAUUGUGGCUCGGUCUUCAGGGUCAUUAUAAUCUCUCAGCUACUGUUUUACAACACGCAAAACAUCGAUUCCCCCGAUUUCCCCUUUCACGUUUUUGGGUCAUAACAGACUGCUACCUCACCUCCAUUCAAUGCAUAAUAAAUGGAAAGUGGUACGAAGCCGAACAAGCAUGCAAUAACUUGUACCGAUUAGAUCGACAUUUGGCGACAUUGCAACGAGCAAGUUUGAAUAUUGCCAAUCGAAAUCUUCAGAUGGCCCAAAAUUUGCUGGAAGAACUGCUAGAAGAGGAGAGUCUGCCUCCAAUGGUAUUUGCCAAAGCUAAAUUACUGAUGGCCAAUACCUUUGUCAUCAACUCACGUAAAGUUUUGCCACAGGCAAUCAAGUUAUUGAGUGAGGCUUUAACUGAAGCAAAAGAGAAAUUUUUGACUUACGAAUUGGCAAUGAUAGAUGCUCACUUUUCGUACUUUCUUUUGGCCAUGAAUAUGCCACAACGUGCAUUGAAUUCUUUAAAAGUGGCGAUAGAGACUGUGCUGGUCAAUGGAAGCUUAUACGACAAGGCACGUGUCACUUUUUUGUUUUGUAAAUGUCUCAUAGGAGCAUGCAGUGAUACCGAAGUGAAAAUUAAAAAAAUAUCAGAAUGUUUGGGUUUAUUGGAGCAGGCGUCAAGUGACUUUUUGGUGUUAGAAGCGUACGCAAAAGCAAAGGAUGUAUAUGUUUACCUCGCUCAAUUGUACGACGAGUUGGAUAUGAAGGAAGAAAGAAACUGUUUCGCUCACAAAUUCAGACUUUUAGAACAACAGUAUCCGACUUCUAGCGAAUACUUGGAUAUUUUUCAUUAAAAUAAAUAUAGUUGUUUUUA